ACGUGACAGCUGUCAUAAAUAAAUAAAAUCCCAACCAAGUGUACUCUGUGUGACAUAGUGUUAUGGCGAUAUUGUGAAUCAACCCAGUGCAUUUAACUGCAGUGUGAGAAUUAAGUGUGGAGAAUAUUUCAUAAAUUAUCGGGGUUUCUUUUAUCAGAAAGAUAUGAUGUCAAAAAAGCAUACAGCAUCACAGCAUAAUUUUCAAGGUGAUGAAAAUAGUACAGAGAGAAAACUAGCACCAUUUCCGUUCCUUUAUUACCCUCUCGACCAGUGGACGACUGACAACAUAGCAGAGUAUUUCACCAAAGAAGGCUUCGCACAACUUGCUGAGAAACUUACAGGCCACAACAUAUCUGGCAGACAGCUGUUGGAGUUGACAGAUCAAGAUCUGCACAAGAUUGAUAUUAAAUCAGAGAAGGACUGUGCCACAACAAUGAAGAUCAUUAAAGAGAUCCAGACCAGUGCCAUGCCUGAACUGAAGGACUUAGAUUUCUGUUUCAGUUGUCUAUUCUGUAAUGCACUAACAGCUCAUAAGUG